AUGGCCUUGCCGCGAAAGAAAACCGUGGCUGAAGAAAAAGAUGACAACGGCGGAUUUAUCGACGUAGAACAAGUAUCGACCAAAAAAAGUCGUUUACAGCCUGCUAUGGAGUACAGUUUUGGCUUCCCAGAGCUAUUAUUCGUCUUGGUCUCGAUAAUUAGCUUUAUUGUUGACAUUGCUACAGACAUAAUAGUGACAAGAGAAUAUGUACAAGACACUGAAUAUCUAUGGGCUGGGUUGACAAUUGGUCUAAUUCUUCUACCUUCUAUUGUUAUGCAAAUAUUUAGCUGUAUAUGGUAUAUUAAUGAUAGUGACAUGACUUGGUGGAAAUGGCUUAUACAUGGAUUUCAGUUAUCACCAUUGUUUAGGUAUAUAAAUGUUAUCAAGACUGGUAUUGUAGCACAGAGAACAAAGGAGAUUGUUGACUUUCAACGUCUUUAUCAUAAACAAAAUGAUGCAUGUAUGUUAAGAUUGUUUGAAGCUUUCUUGGAAUCUGCACCACAAUUAAUAUUACAGAUGUAUAUUAUGUUAACAACCGAUGGAGAUAAGACAUGGACUGUGUUGAGAAUGCAGUUGGAACUAAAAUUACUCAUGGCUGAUAGUAUGAUGGCUGACAGUAGGCUAGCUGAUAGUAUGAUGGCUGACAGUAGGCUAGACAAGAGAAUGGCUGACAGUAGGCUAGCUGAUAGUGUGAUGGCUGACAGUAGGCUAGGCAAGAGAAUGCCUUCAAUAGGCUAG